UUAAAAAAAGAGAAAUCUAUCUAUGUCGUCGUCAUCAUCAUCAUCAUCUUCCUCUCUCAUCAGGACUUCGUAUGUAUUGCUGGAGCCACCCUUUUUAAAAAUUCGGUCUCGGUUUUGUCUUGGUUUACUUUAUUGUAUUUCAUUCCGUAUCCUCCGCCUCCGCCUCCGUUUUCAUUUUGCAACGGUAAGAAAACUGCGGCGCAAAGUGAGCAGCGCGCAGGCGGCGCCGGGGCGGUCCGCGAUCGCCUCCUGAGCUGUGCCGCGCCGCGCCGCGCGGGCGCUCCGCGGAAGUUUCCUGGGGGGCGCGGAGGGGGUCCGUCGCGGCCGGAGCAGACGCGGGCUAAGCAACAGGAGCCCGAGCGAGGCAUUCCCACGUUCGCAGGGCGGCCCGAAUCCGCGAAAGCCGUGCCGGAGAGAGGCGGCUCCGCACUGGGAGUCGCCGGAGGAGGCUGCCCCGCGAGCAGUCCGCCAGCGGGCUUCCAGCCAGUCGAGGGCGGGUGCAGCACCUUCCCCAAGGAUUCCGACCGAUGUGGGGAGCCUAAACCCCGGUUCUUCUACAACUCAACCUCCAAGAGAUGCGAGCCGUUCAUUUACCGAGGGUGUCCCUGGAACCACAACAGGUACUACACCGUGGAGGAAUGCCAGCGCCACUGCGGACAGAUCGAAAAGCCAGGCUUCUGCCCCCCCAGCCCCACUGGCAUCACGGUCGAGUGCCUGGCAGACUGCCUGCAUGAUGGCAACUGUCUGGGGACGGAGAAGUGCUGUUCCCACGGCUGUGCCCUGCGCUGCCUGAAGCCCAUCACAGACCUCUGCCAGCUGCCUCCCGAACGUGGCCCCUGCGAUUCCAAAAUCCAGAGCUGGUUUUACGACUCGAAGACCCGAAGGUGCAAGAGGUUCACCUUCGGGGGAUGCCUAGGGAACAAGAACAACUUCAAGAGACGUGGCGCGUGCCAGCGGAGCUGCCUCAAGAGAGGCUCCUCCUAACGGGCCCCCUUGGUUGAAACUCAGCUGUGGCCCCGACCGGCCUGCUACGUGCUGCACAAAAAGACUGAUUCAGGAUGGUGCCAGGUGCAGACAGCCUGGAUGUGCAUUUAAAAUGAAUGGAAUUCAGGAAUAAACUAUUGUGGCAGGAGGAUUAUGGUCCCAACCGCUGUGCAAUUCCAAGAAGUAUCUUUUCCUGGCAAGGGUGACCUUCCCGGAGGGGUACAAAGGCUGCCCCCUUCACAAUUAAAGCGCGGAAUCUGCUCCAUGUCUGACUUCUGCCAGGUACGUUCAUGUGCCUGAUCAAGACCGCCAUACAUCCACUUGCCAAAGAUCUGGCACGCCCCUGCUUGAUGCCCGUGCUGCCGCCAUCUUGCCCGCUUUCCUGGCAUCGGAUCGGCCUGUGUCAGUCCCACCCACCCGAGGAGCCAGCACAGACAUGGGGGACUUCCUGGAGGGUCUCUCUCUCUCUCCCUCCCGCUCCAUACAGGGGCCACCCACCUAUUAACACACCCAGUUUCAUAUCUCGUGUCUGGAUUCACACAACACCCCCAAAAUUAAACUGGAUU